AUGAGCCACCUGUUGUCCUGGGGCUGCAGCUCAGACACUACAAACAGGCCUUCCAUUACCCAGAAAACUAAGGUAGUGGUUGCUAGCUGUUUCAGUGCCCCCUACUUGCUGAGCUCUGCCCAGAGGCUACUUUCUCAACAGCCUCGGUUAGUUAGUGUUGUGUUGCUCCCUUUCACUGGCCAUUGUUCCCAGCACCUCCGAAACCACCCUGAGUCCUCGGGGCCUGUUAUGGUUCUCUUGCUGAGCUGGGGUGCAGUGUACGAUGCAAAAGCACCCCUGCAGUGGAGCCAGUUUAAAGGAGAGCUGGAUUAUCUCUUAGAUGUAUUUGGCUUAUUAGUAGUAAUACAGGGUGGUGAUAGGCUUUCCGACACCCGCAAUGACAUACUUUCUUCAUAUUCUAGCGGGCCCACUACCUCCUUACUGUCUGCUCAGAAUGGUCAGUGCUUUCGUGAAGGCAGGAAAGCAGAGGAAGUCAAAAGUCAUAUCACUGAUCUUGACUGUCUAAAUGGAAAAGAGCUUCUUUGUCAUUUAAUUCUGAAACUGCCUCCGUGCUUGCAGCUGCGCUCUAGUAGACAAUUCAAGCACAACUCAACUCCAGAAGCGUGGGAUUGCACCACCAGCACCCUCAUGAACAGUAGAAUCCGCUUUGGGGAUCAUGGCAGGCUUAAAGUACAGGGCGUGAAAGAUGGGGUAGAGGAUCAGCUCUUGGGGUGGCCUCCUGAAGUACCAAAAGAGGGGCAGAAUAACCAGACAGCCCCUGGAAGCUUGGCUGGGCCCUCCACUCAGAUCCAGCUUAGCUUUCUGAAAGUGCCCAUGGGUGACGCCCUGCCACUGGAUAUGGCAACCAGCAGUUCUCUGCCAGCCAGUCAGCCAGGCCCUGAUGUCAAACCGAAAGUGGAGGCAGAGGGGAAGGGCGGGAACAACCAGAAUCUGCUUAUGGAGCACUUUUUUGCCUGUAAGGAAUGCGGGGAUGCUUUCCGCCUCAAGGUUCUCUUGGUGCAGCACCAGCGGAUCCACAGCCAGCAGAAUGGCUGGGAGUGUCACGAUUGCCGCAGGGUCUUCCGCAAGGUAGGCGACUUCAAUGAGCACCGCAAGAGCCAUAUGCCCCCGCAGCCUGGCCCAAGCAAGGCCUCCUCCAGCCUGGCAUACCGCAAAGCUACUACACUGCGCGGAACACCUCCACGCCCUGCUGCUGUGGUACCACGCCCACCACCCAUGCGCCCAGCCACUGCCUCGCGCCCACCACUCACGCGCCCAGCCGCUGCUGCCACUGCCACCUCACGCCUGCCAUCAUCGCGCCCAGCCGCUGCUGCCACUGCCACCUCACGCCUGCCAUCAUCGCGCCCAGCCACUGUCACCUCGCGCCUGCCACCAUCGCGCCCAGCCACUACCACUGCCUCUCCACGCCUGCCACCAUCGCGCCCAGCUGCUACUGCCACUGCCGCCUCACGCCUGCCACCAUCACGCCCUGAUCCUCGCCGAGAGGAACCACGGAGGCGGGAGUACUCAGAGCGGGAGAUGAAGCCUUUCAAGUGCAACGAGUGUGGCAAACGCUUCAAAAAGAACGCAGGCCUCAGUCAGCACCUGCGUGUGCACAGUCGGGAGAAGCCAAGGGCCUGCGAUGAGUGUGGGCUCUCCUUCAAGGAGGACACCCACCUCUUCCGCCACCAGAAGCUGCAUGCAGCUGAGAAGCACCUUGCCUGCCAUUCAUGCAGCCGUGACUUCAUGGAGCGGCCUGACCUGCAGUCCCCGCACACCCCUGGCAGCCACCUGCCCUUUGACUGCGACGACUGCGGCAAGUCAUUCCGUGGUGUGGGUGGCCUAGCUGAGCACCAGCGCAUUCACAGCGGCGCCAAGCCCUACGUGUGCAGCCACUGCGGCAAGCUCUUCCGCCGCAGCUCCGAGCUCACCAAGCACCGCCGCAUCCACACCGGCGAGCGGCCGUAUGAGUGCGGCCAGUGCGGCAAGUCCUUCCGCCAGAGCUCCAGCCUGCUGGAGCACCAGCGCAUCCACACGGGCGAGCGGCCCUACGCAUGUGGCGACUGCAGCAAGGCCUUCCGCGGGCCCUCUGACCUCAUCAAGCACCGGCGCAUCCACAGCGGCCUGAAGCCCUACGAGUGUGGCCAGUGUGGCAAGGCCUUUCGCCGCAGCUCAGGCCUUAGCCGCCACCGGCGGACCCACAGCGGAUCCCGGCGCUGUGAGUGCAACCAGUGUGGCCUGGUGUUCAAGCGGCGUUCGGAGCUGCAGAAGCACCAGCCCAGCCACCAGGAGUAAGGAAAUGGGGGUGCAGUGCCUCCCCCACACCCCUGUCCACUCCCCACCGAGGGGGUGGCAGAGUCAAAGGAGAUGAUAAACUGCAGUUCACACUUCUCGAGUUUUGCCACAGGAAGGUGGGAACCGAUUUCUACUACUGCCACCAGCAAUUUCUAAGUGUCCAUGUUUUUGCCCUUGGAGAGUCGCUUCACUAUGUUUUGGCUUCUGUUUGGCCUUAUGCGGACUGGGAAUCUAAGGGUGUCUGAGGGAGACCUGGAUGGAGGCUGCUCCAGGGGCUCCUGGGGCCUCCCCCAAGUUCCUUCCACCCACCCACCCCACACCCCCCGGGAAAAGGACAUUCCAGCUCAGCGGAAUGUGGUUCCAACUUUCCCGAAGAGAUCACCCCAAAGGUUUUGGCCUACUUGAAUUUCUCAAUUGAUAGGGAUGUACAUAGAAGUAUUCAGAGCUCUUCUAUUUAAUUUAUUAAUUUAGCUAUAUAGACACUGUAUAUCACAUAUAGAAUAAUAUAUUCAGUAAAAUGUCCCUCUCCCCAUACCCCACAACGCCCUGCCCUUAGUUCAUUUUAGUCUUAAGUCCUGAGAGUAUUUGUGUCCCCUGGUUCUCCCAUGUCCCAAGGCCCUUUUGAGGCUUCCCUUCCAAAGCACAUCCAGGGGGCUAACAGCCCUCCAAGCUCCGUGCCCUCUCGCGCUGACAAUCCCUGCAUAACACUAAUUAGAAAUUGCCCUCCCACCACUCUCUAGUUGUAAUAACAUUUUCUUUAACUUGUCCCCUUAAUUUGACAGCAAAACGACUUAAGUUUUUGGAGGUUUUUUUUUGGUAACUUGUUUCAACAAUUUUUUAGGCAUUUAAAAUCUUGUCAUGGUGAGGUCAUAAUAUGAGAGAUAAUUACUGAGUCAGGGUAAAAUACCCACCACAUCCAUUGUUCUUAAUUCCAUCCAGUGAACAGCUUUCCCAAACACCCAAAGAUUUCAUCCAUUGGGAUUGGUUUGAGCUGCCAAGGUUUAUCCUCUGGCACCACUAGUUCUUUCAGAGUUUCUUCAUUAAGAGAGCACUCCUAAUGGGAGUGACUCAAAUGCAAAGUGAUACCUUCUUUGGGGAAACUGUCAACUCUCCUCAUAGAGGCUUCGACAGCACUUGUCUGCCCCUCUGUUUGCAGCUUUGUAAAUAGGAGUGAGCACAAGGACCUGCCUUCGGAAGUUGUGAGGACUAGGAUCCCACAUCGGCAGGAGGGACCUCAGUGACAAGUAUCUGCUGCACUCAUACAUGGCAUAGUUUACUGCCUUGUUCAACCCAAGUUCAUCUUCCUCUCCCACAAUGACUCAAUUAGGUACUGUCUUCUUGCAUGCAAGUUGUCCGAUCAUCUCCUUUGACCAGUUACCUUUGACUACACUGACUCAAGCAGUUUUUUUCUAUAUUGAGUGAUAGUCCUUUCUUCGUUUUUUCUUUCUUUGCUCUUUGAAGCCAUUUGGGGACAUUAUUUUGGUUCCCAACUUAAGUUUUUCCUCUAUCCAGAUCUUCACUGUUAUCUAAGAAAUUGGAAGUUUCAUGGUUCCAGUGGUUAGAUCUAAUGACAUUUUUCUCUAGAAUUUGACGUAUCAAGUCGCAAGCUGCUCUGACCCAUCCAACAGUGGCCACACAGAUGGGCAGGCUGGACGGAGUGAGCCAGACAGGCUCACUCCACACCCCAGUUGCAGACUCUGCAUCUUUCCAGCCUGGCCACUCAGGCACAGAAGAGAAACUUGCAGCAUGGAUUGUCCCAAACACUGGGACUAUUCUGUCAGUGAAGCCCUGAACCUUCAGCCAUCAGCGGGGCCUCCCCCAGAUCCAUGAGGUGACCCUCAUUUGGUCUUGGCAGCAGACAGCCUUCAGUCUCCGGGAGGUAGCCUGGCCACCCUGGCCACCCUCUGACAGGACGACUCACCUGAUCUGUGUGCUCACGUGGGUCCCAGCCACCUCGUAGUGAGGGACAAAGCAGGAAGAGAAAAGUUGUGAUGACUCUUGUGGCACCUAGGGGUAAUGUGUCCACGUGUUCUGACAUCACUUGCGGUGCAGCUGUGCCUGAGAUGGGCAGCAGAGCAGAGGCUGAAGAGAAACUGCCCCUCUAGCAGUCUUAUGUCAUGGCAGGCCUGAGCUAUGACUUACAGCAGCCUUGCCCACAGGGUACAGAGGGCACUCUACCCUUCUGAUGACCCCAAGUGGCAAAGAAAUCAAAGUUGGUUAUCCUGGGCUCAGCCGUGUAUCUCCCCCUGGAGGAGAACAACAAGGGCUGCCCAGCCACGUGACCAGCUUAGGUGUCCACUCCCAGCAGUGUCUGGGGGCACCAGAGGGCCCUUCACAUGGGCCUGAGGUUGAGGCCAUCAGGCCUCCUUCAGGGUAAACAGGGUCCCACUGUGAUUCCUGUGACCCUAAACAGACACCAGUGGCUUCCUGAGGUGUGUCUAUCAAGCCUCAGGCUCAAGAACAGCCACACUUGUUUCAUAGUGACCCUGUCGCCCUCUGACUUCAGGUUUGCAGUGAUUGUAGAUUGUGUCUGAUGUCACUUUCCCUCUCAUCAGUUUUCCCUCAAGCAGUAUUUGUGGCAACUGUAAAGAAUGCCGAUGGCCCUGGGCAGAAGGCUGGCACCUUUACGCAAAAGUGCUCUGCCAGCACUUGUCCAUUGGUGAGUGCUUGGUUGUGUUCUCUUGAAGGAUCCAGAUGCAGUCUUCGCUCAGCCCUUGAGCCUCACUGCUCCAUUCCUCCCCAGCCAAGGUAGCACUGUCGUGGCAAUCCAUUAUUCCCUCCUUGACUGCCCUCCAUUCUUGGUUUUAGAAAGUUCUCUCAAACUGUCUUCUGGAAUUAACACUAAAGACCACAUCUCUUUCAUCACUGUGUGUGCGUGUGAAGUCCAUGCCCUUUCCAAAUGCAAAAAGUAUGUGGCUUCGACAUGCAUCCUGUUACCCCACCAGUUAACUAUUGGCCUCUGGUUCCCUGGGGAGUAGAUUUCCAAGGCUCUGUCAGGUGCCAAAUGGGAUCGAAGUCCCUGUCAUGUGUGCUUUUGUCUAUGCAUUUGUGCAUCUACCUCAUUUUGUUUUCCUUCCUAAACUCACGUGGUCCUGUGGCAAGAGGGAGCAGGGCGGGAGGGUCCUUGGACCCUGUCUCUGCUAGUUUGAUAUGCGUCCUUGUCUUCAUUCUGAAGGGCCCCUAUUUCUUUCAGUAGGAUUUUGCAUACUUGCCAGAAGUUCUGAAAGUUUACCAUUUUUGCUGCUUAUAAGAUUAACUGUUGAUUGUUUGUGUCCCAUUUCCAGAAUGAGCCCACCCACGUUGGCAGUGGGCAUCUUUCUUGCGUGGUGCUGCAGUCCACGUGCCCUGGCCUUUGGCCUCUUGUGUGCCAUGUAACCCCAACCCUUUUCCAGAACCUCCCUAGGUCCAACUGGAACCAAAGCCUAGACUCCAGGGCAGCAAGCAGCGGACAGUGUUUCAUGGCAACCCAGAAACUCGUAGAUGGUGAGAAGAAGAGAAGCCACCCAGGAUUUGGAGAAGUUGGUUGGCCUCAUGCACAGCACCAGCUUGAAGAUCUGAGCUGCUUUCUUUUGGCACUGUAAGGGGGGGGCUGACCCAGCCAUGUCCUUGGCUUUCAAUGACUGCCUUAGGUUCUGUGUGCCCACCAGAGAUGCCAUUGACAUCAAGGCAACUCGAGUGUUGCCACCAGCCAUGAGCUUGCAGCUCUUGCCCCUUGGGUCCCUCUCAAGAACUGUCUGGCUUUGCCUUCUCCUGUUGCCAGCCCAUGUUGUGUUCACUGGGAUGGCCCAGAAUCGCCCUUGAAUCCCAGUGAGAAUGCAUAAUGCCCUUCUGGUUUGGGUGUCAUUCCUGUCCUGACCCCCUUCCCAUGAGUGAGUUCUCCACCUUCCCUGUUCUUUAUUUGAGGUGGGUCUCCCCUGUGCAGCCGAUCAUGGAACCAGGGUCUCUGGUACUAGUCUGCUUUCAUUCUGUGAUUCUCGCUUUAUCUGUUUGGGUGUUGACUACCACGUGUAAAAAUGGUCUCUUUCAUUGUGACCCCCAAUAUCUUAUGCAGGUCUGAACCAGUGCUCAGUUCCAGUCCUACCCCAGUUCCUAUCUCGGCUGUCAGCCCCGUUUUUCCCCAUCACCCUAACUUGUCUGUUUUUUGGCACUUCCUCUACUCAGCCUUGCACUAGAGCUUUCCCCGCCCGUCAGUUGUGAGCUCUUAGACAUGGGCAGUCCUUCGUGUCUGACGCCCCGAGCAGAGCUAGCACAGUGCCUUGCACCACGUAGUUUUCAAUAAAUCAAUGUUGAAUGAAAA